CUAUUUCUGAGCGGUGCCGUUGCAUUUGCGGUUUGAUAAUCAGCGAAACGAUUGGGCUGUAAGUCAUAAAUUGUCAUCGAAUCAUUUUUGAAUAGGAUUGUGUAGUGGUUGUAUCUUUAUUUGGACGUAAUAAAUCGAAAAUGUCAUCUCCAAGUGCUGGUAAACGACGAAUGGAUACAGAUGUGAUAAAGUUGAUCGAAAGUAAACAUGAAGUGACGAUCACAGGUGGGAUUAAUGAAUUUGCUGUGAAGUUUCAUGGUCCGAAGGGGACUGCUUAUGAAGGAGGGGUAUGGCGUGUUCGCGUUGAUCUGCCCGAAAAGUAUCCCUUCAAAUCACCAUCCAUUGGUUUCAUGAACCGCAUUUAUCAUCCGAAUAUUGAUGAAGCAUCCGGCACUGUUUGCCUUGAUGUAAUUAACCAAGCUUGGACUGCUCUAUACGAUCUCGCAAACAUUUUCGAAUCAUUCUUGCCCCAGCUGCUAACGUAUCCUAAUCCAACGGAUCCGUUGAACGGUGAUGCUGCUGCACUGUACCUACAUAAGCCUGAAGAAUUCAAGAAAAAGUGCCGAGGUUCGUGGUCACAAGUUAUCUUGACAUAAAUGUCAAGAUACCUCGGGAUGUGAAAUAUGAGAAUAUGUGCUUAAAUAUGCUAGUGAGGAAGCUCUGAGGAACUGUAUCAAUACAGAAGAGGUUAACAAGGAACCUCAGAGCUCGUCGAGUGGAGAUGAAUCGAGCUCCACCAUUUCUGAUUUUACGGAAGACGAAACGCAGGGAAUGGAACUGUAGUUCGUUGUUGUACAGCAACAUUUAUGAAUGAUGAAGAUAUCGUUUUUCCUGUACAUAUUAUAAUCACUCAAGGAAAUCAUAUACGAUUUGAUUAUAUUUUUGAAUGUUCAUGUUAUGCAUGAGUUUUCUCUAAUAUUCUUCACACCGUAAAGGUGAUAUAUCGAGUUAUAGUUAAUCCAGGAACCCUUUAUGGAUACCUCACUACUUUCUCCAACCCCUUUAAACCUGUUCCCCAUUUACCCAUAGUUUAUCAGUACUUUUGCAGACCCAUUGUGAUGCAUUUAUGAAGCAGUCCUUGCUAGGCAACUAUACUAUGUCACUAACUACUGUUGUAAAUAAUAUCCCUAUUCACCAACUGUAUGUCUAAGAUGUGGAAUGGUUUAGAUGAUCUUAAAUUUUUG